AUGUUGAGACGGCCCGGAGCUAUGGCGAGCCAAACCAACGGUACCGUAGUCAAAGACGGCCAAGCUGCCCAACCAGCUUUCGACAAGCAGAAGCUUCUCUUGUCCGCGGACGCAGGCCGAUUUUCCUCAUCCGAGCUCUGCAUCUCGCUGAUGCCAUCACUCUACUCAAUGGUCUCUGUGGCUCUUAUAUAUCUUGCCCUCAUCUUCCUUCCCUUUGGCCUCUUCUUCGACUUCAUGGACGGCCGCGUUGCUCGGUGGCGGAAAAAGUCGAGCAUGAUGGGCCAGGAACUCGACUCCCUUGCUGAUCUGAUCUCCUUCGGCGUUGCCCCUGCCGCGAUAGCUACUGCUCUCGGCCUCCGCACUAAGCUUGACUCCUGUGAUGCAUCGGGCAAGAGUCACUACUUUGAAGGCACCCCGAUUCCCACCACCCUUGGCAUCGAUGCCAUUAUGGCCUGGUGGGUGUCCAACGAUUGGAUCCUUGAAAACAUCCCCUUUGGCGUUUGGGCUAAAGGCACCCCUCUCGAGAUCCACCCCGUCGUCCUCCUCUUUGUCGUUCACGGGUGCUUGAUGACUAGCCGGACAAUUCACAUUCCUAAGCCUUAA